AUGAUCCGAGUCGCUUUGCAACGUACUGAUACAUACAAACGAUCCUAUAUGUAUGCAAAUGUAAAAUUAUAUACACACAUAUAUUUUUUCUUUCCCUCUGCUCUUCUCAUCGUUGAAGCAACAUCGACAAGGCAAAAUACUGUACGCAUAGCGACAAUGACAACCUCUCACAGACCGCAACUUGAGGCCCGAAGUGGUGCAAAGGCUGCCAACUACGUGCCUACCAGUACGGAACAUGCCAGGCUUUUGCCCGGCCACAAAACCGUCAAGUACAGGUCAUCAAACCGUGCGAAACUUGAAAGUAAGAGUAAAAACGAUCCACGGUCUCCCAAAGAGACCCACUCUGUUAGUAAUUCGGUGGAUUCAGAUGAAGAAUCCGGUGAUCCAGAGGCUGAGGCUGAUGGGUUACUUGAUGAAGAAGAGGAGGAUUCAGAAGAUGAAGAUUCUGAGGACGAAAAAGAACAAUUCCGUCAGGAACUGAUACGUCUGAGACAACGACAGGCAAACAUCACGGAUAAUAAGCAACGAACGUCUACACGGAUAAAUACAGACGCAGAAGGCGAAAGUGAUACUAAGAAAGCUGGGUGGCGGAGUAAAACCGUCUUUGGAAGAAAGAAAUCGAAUAGCAGCAAUAAGAAAGUGACCAAAACGGAGAACGCGGGAUACGUCAACAACAUGACGAAAUCAAACUAUCAUCAGAACUUUCUUGAUAAAUACGUUAAAUAA